AUGCCAUCAAUUCGCAAUAAAAACAAAAAAGACUUAGCUGAGCAAGAGGGCCGAAUCCUAUUAGCUAUUUCCGAUUUACAAAAUGACCGAAUCUUGCGCGUGGCUCAAGCUGCAAGGAUUUAUAAGAUACCCCGGACCACUCUACAAAAGAGAUUAAACGAUAAACGUGGAUUACCCCCUCGGCGCUCUCUUGUACGAGAGAUGGCUAAUUAUCUUCUCUCGCAACACGGAAAUCAACAGGUUGGAGAAAAAUGGGUUUAUAAUCUUGUCAAACGUCGUCCAGAGAUUGAAUCAAAAUUCUCACGGAAAUACAACUAUGAACGUGCUAAAUGCGAAGAUCCGAAGAUAAUCCAAGAAUAUUUUGUUCGCAUACGAGAGACUGGCUUUGCUAUGGGACUUUGUGCAACUGCCAAGGUUAUUACUGGAAGUGAUCGAUAUGCUCGGCCAAAGCUAUUACAGCCUGGUGAUCGAGAAUGGGUAACUGCAAUUGAGGCAGUUAACUCAACAGGAUGGGCUUUACCUUCAUAUAUUAUCUUUAAGGCAAAGAAAUAUAUGCGAUUAGGCUGGUUUGAGGAUCUUCCAGCUAACUGGAUAAUCAAUAUCAGUGACAAUGGAUGGAUAACAGAUAAGAUUGGGUUAGAAUGGCUUAAACUCCAUUUUAUUCCUCUUACCAAUGACCGUACAUUGGGAAAAUAUCGGAUGUUGAUUCUUGAUGGUCAUGGAAGCCAUUUAACUGCCGAAUUUGACCGUACAUGCACUGAGAAUAAUAUUAUUCCAAAGCGAAUAAGCCGGCAUACGAGAAGUUCAUCUGAGGCUAUUGAUGAAGUGUUUACACGGGCGUCAAAGGCUUAUGAGAUGAGUAUUAAUAAGCUUACAAUUGCACAGAAGGAACUCCAUGAUCUACGGGCUGCACAUGAGAAGGAGAAGCAAAAACGUCAAAAAUCUAAAAAGCAAAUAUCUCUAGAGCAAGGAAUUAUUAGAGAGGAAGCUCAGGCACUUGUACAAGGUCAGAUUGAGGCCUCUCAAGCUGUCACUACUGCUCCGGCCGAGCCUGAGCUCCCAGUCUCUCAUCCACCUGUACGACGUCAAUUUCGCUGCAGUGGUUGCGGUAUUGAAGGACAUAAAAUAACCGGAUGUCCUAAUCGUACUAGGAGUUAA